GUAUAGAGGGUGGCAAGGAACAACAGGACAGAACCAUGGGGACCACUGCCUCCUGGAUGCUCCUCCUCCUCCUGCUGAUGCCCGUGGAGGUCCAGGAUAGUUCUGUUUUCCAUCUGGCUGGGGAUUACCUCCUGGGGGGAUUAUUCACCCUCCAUGCCAACGUCAAGGGAACAACUCAUCUCAGUUACAUGCAGGUGCCCCAGUGCAAAGACUAUGAAGUGAAGGUGCUGGGCUACAAUCUGAUGCAAGCCAUGCGUUUUGCCGUGGAGGAGAUCAAUAAUGACAGCAGUUUGCUGCCUGGGCUGUUGCUGGGGUACGAGAUGGUGGAUGUGUGUUACAUCACCAACAAUAUCCAGCCUGUCCUCUACUUCCUGGCCAAGGAGAACUUCAAUCUGCCCAUCCAGCAUGACUACAGCAGCUAUGAGCCCCGAGUGGUGGCUGUCAUUGGCCCUGACACCGCCGAGUCUGUCAUCACCGUCAGCAACCUCCUUUCCCUCUUCCUCCUUCCACAGAUCACCUACAGCGCCAUCAGUGAUGACCUUCGGGACAGCAGUAGAUUCCCGGCUUUAUUCCGCACCAUUCCCAGUGGCGAACAUCAGGUCGAGGCCAUGAUUCAGCUCAUGGCCCACUUCGGCUGGAACUGGGUCAUUGUCAUUGCAAGCAGUGAUGAUUAUGGCCGGGAGAACAGCCAACUGUUCAAUGAGAAGCUGGAGGGGAGGGAUAUCUGUAUUGCCUUCCAGGAGUCGCUUCCUGUCCCCUUGGCCAACCGGACCAUACUCCCCCCGGAGAAGAAAAGGAUAGAGGUCAUAGUGGAUAAGAUCAAGAAGAGCACAGCCAACGUGGUGGCUGUGAUGUCCUUGGACCUGGUCCUCUUAGACUUCUUUGAGGAGGUCAUCUGUCAGAACCUCACGGGCACCGUGUGGAUCGCCUCAGAGUCCUGGUCCAUUGACCCUGUCAUCCAUAACAUCUCCAAUAUCCAGCUAGCUGGCACCUUUCUGGGCAUCACCACCCAGAACAUCCCCAUCCCUGGCUUCAGUGACUUCAGGGUCAGGCAGACUUAUGUCAAGAGGCCCGUGGUGAGCAAGAAUAGGUCAGAGCCCACCUGCAACCAGGAAUGCGACAGCUGCCUGGACACCACGAUAUCCUACAGCACCAUCCUCACUCUCUCUGGGGAGCGUGUGGUCUACAAUGUCUACUCGGCCGUCUAUGCCGUGGCCCACGCCCUGCACCACCUGCUUGGCUGCAAUGGUACCAGCUGCUCCAAAGGCGUGGUGUAUCCUUGGAAGUUGCUCCAGGAAAUUCGGAAGGUGAACUUCACCCUAUUGGGUCACAGAAUAUUCUUUAACGAGAAUGGGGAUCCACCCUUGGGCUUAGAGGUCAUUCAGUGGCAGUGGGAAGAGGGCCGCAACCCCUUCGAGAGCAUCGCCUUCUACAGAUCAGACCGACGGAAGUUGUGGAAGGUGGCCACCAACAUCUCCUGGAACACACCCAACAACAUGGUUCCCUACUCAGUCUGCUCCAGGAAUUGUCAGCUGGGUCAGUGGAAGAAACCAGUGGGGCUGCAUACCUGCUGCUUUGAGUGUGUCAACUGCUCGGCUGGGACCUACCUCAACCAGUCAGAUGAUUCUGAAUGCCAGUCCUGCCCAGAGAAUGAGUGGUCCAGGGAAGGGGAUAGCCGGUGCUUCAAGAGGCACCUGCGGUUCCUGGAGUGGCAGGAGCCGCCCACCAUCAUCGUGGUGGUCGCUGCCAGCCUAGGCUUCCUCGGGACGCUGGCUAUCCUCAUCAUCUUCUGGAUGCACUUCCAGACCCCCAUGGUACGUUCCGCGGGGGGCCGGAUGUGCUUCCUCAUGCUGACCCCGCUGCUGGUGGCCUAUGCCUCGGUGCCUGUGUACAUAGGACGGCCCACCGUCCUCAGCUGCCUCUGCCGCCAGACCCUCUUUACCCUGUGCUUUACGGUCUGCAUUGCCUGCAUCACCGUCCGAUCCUUCCAGAUCGUCUGCAUCUUCAAGAUGGCGCGUCGGCUGCCUCGCGCCUAUGGCUACUGGGUCAAGUACAAUGGGCCCUAUGUCUUUGUGGUGCUGAUCACUCUGCUUAAGGUGGUCAUUGUGACUACCAAUAUUAUGGUCAUACCCACCAACCUCACCACUCAAUUUGACCCUGACGACACUCAGAUAUUGAUUCUCAACUGCAAUGCCAACUACAGCAAGGCCUUGCUGCUUAACACUAGCUUGGACCUCAUCCUCUCUGUCUUUGGCUUCAGUUUUUCCUAUAUGGGCAAGGAGCUGCCAACAAAUUACAAUGAAGCCAAGUUCAUCACUCUCAGCAUGACCUUCUACUUCACCUCUUCCGUCUUCCUCUGUACCUUCAUGUCCGUCUACCAGGGGGUUCUGGUCAACAUCUUUGAUGUGUCCGUCACAGUGAUCAAUUUGCUUGGCAUCAGCGUGGGGUAUUUUGGCCCCAAGUGUUACAUGAUUCUUUUCUACCCUGAGCGUAACACAUUGGCCUAUUUCAACAAUGUGAUCCAGGGCUACACUAUGAGGAAGGAUUAGUCUGGGCUGGCUGGGCAAGGGGGAGACAAAGGGAGAGGGGUUAGGAAAUCCCUUAACAUUUGAAUCAGUUGGACGAACUGAAGGACACCAGACUUACUCUGAUCAAGGCUUAUGUCCCCCAGGAAGUUUUCCUUGAUGGACAGUGAUGACCUCAUUUUUAUCUUCCUUUGACUUUUAAACCGACAGGCAGUCCCUGAUUUGCCCUAUUCAAAUUUCAUCAGAAUUGGUCCUCUUCUGCUGACUCAAAAAACACCGAAGCUCGCUUUUCUCCAGUUAGUCUUGGGGGAAUAGUGCAAGUGUAGGCUGAUUCUGGUGCUAGUGAGUUCUCGAGCACUGGAGCUCUUCAAGGGGAAACCAGUUGGCCAUGGGUGUUGUGGAGAAGAUUCCAUGUUUAUCCAUCGCCCAUGGUUAUCAUGGAUGUCGUAGAGAAGAUUCCUGUUCUCGUAGGGGUUGGCCUAGAUGAACUUUGAAGUCCCAUGACUCUGGCCCUUUUCGGGCUCCAAAACACAAGUCAGCUUUUUACUUGAGUGAUACUCAGCUGCCAACUGGUGGUGACGAUGGGCAAUGAUAAGCUCAUAUUUAACCAAAUUUGUGAGGCCCUUUAAAUGAUCUAGUCGUAGGUUUUAUAGGAUUUAGAGCUAAAAGGGACCUUGGAGACCAGCUGACCCAACUUCCACAUUUUACAGAUGGGGAAUCUUUCACUUCUGCUUUUCAGCAAGACUUCCAGUUGUAUACUGUAAUUAUGAGUAUGCUGGUAAAUGUCUAAACAACUGUCUCUCUGAAAAAAAUAAAUGUGCACAUGA